CAUGAUAAUAUCUUGGUGAAUACAUCGCCUUUGUCUUUUUUUAACAUGUAAAAUAUUUUAUUUUAGGUAAUAAUAAUUAUUUGCGGUUAAUAUACACUUAUAUUGAGACAUAUGGCUUAUUUUAUUACCGCGUUUUGCAUUUACCCAAAGAAUGACGUAUAUUCUACCCUCUGAAACAAUUGGUACAUCUCACAUGGAAGUAGAGAAAUGGCAGCUUCAGUGAACUUGAAGUGUCACCGGCUCAUUCAUUUUUGCAUUUUUGGGUGGUAUAUUUUCACCCUGUGGCACAACUGCUCCUUGGAGAUAUCAAAAAGACACCCAGGAGCAAGGUCUUACGGAGGUCGAUGGAAGUACCUGACAUUUAUAAAUCUUGUUAUGCAAACUGUGUUCUUCGGGCUCUGCUUUGUGAUUGACGUGGUCCGUGCGGGUACUUCCUCCUUCGUCACCCGUUUGAGAGACACCGUCUUCACCGUGUUGGUGUUUCCCGUGGGCACGUUUGUUUUCCUGUCCUUCUGGUUGAUUUACGCCUACGACCGGGAACUUGUCUACCCAAAAUAUCUAGACGACAUCAUCCCUGCCUGGCUCAACCAUGCCAUGCACACUGUGAUCCUGCCUCUGCUGCUGGUGCAGCUGUACCUACAACCCCACCGGUAUCCCAGCAAGAAGAAGGGCAUUUUUGGUUUGGCUUUCUUCUCUGCCAUAUACCUGGCCUGGUUGCUGUGGGUUCACCAUGCCUCGGGGAUCUGGGUGUACCCCAUCCUUGCCCAGCUCAGCCCCGCAGGGCUGAUGCUUUUCCUGGCAGGCUCCGCCCUCGCCUUGGCACCCCUGUACCUGCUGGGAGAGAGGCUCAGCCACCUGCGCUGGGGUACGUAGGGAGGAAUCAAGAUUUGUGACACCUUCUGCCAGGAAAAUUCAGCAAAAAGGAAUAGGAUUUUUCCAGCUGUGGUGUGGAUUUCAAUGAGACGACAGAAUCUUCUCAAUAAUGAAGAACAAAUUAAUUGAAUGAAGAAACUUAAAUCAUUCCCCUGGAUGACAGAAUACCUAAUUGUAUACUAAGGUGCAGAUCUGACGGGCUUCAGUCCUGUACAGAGAAACAAACUUGUGCAUCAUGUGACUGGCUUCAGAGGAUUCAGAACAAAACUGUUUUACAAUAUUACUUCAGUAUUGGAGUUCUCAAAUUAAGAGUUUCCCAUCAUUUUUUUUCUCUUAAGAGCUUUUACUGUAAGAACAUUGGGGAAAUAUGUCAAUGCUACACCAUAGUACUUCAGCAAAAGGUAGCACUAAUGGGCAGUGUGCAUUACUUUGUUUCCCCUGUACAUAACUGCUAAAUCACAAAAGACUUUGUCGUGUUUUAUCCAUUAUAGGGCAGAAUGAAGGACAGAAAUGAUGGGGAAGAACAAAUCACUGUGUAGGCAGUGGAACUCAAAAACAAAUUAGUCAUCUAUGUUGUGGAAGCAGAUGCCAUCAAGUAAAAGCUGGAUGAGGUCUUUUGAUCAGUUUUGCUGCUACUAACUACACAAGCCAGAUUGGAACAAAUGACCCCCUCUUCUUCGUGAAAUUUCUGAUUUUCUUAUUCAUUCAAGCUGCUGGUGGGAAAAAAAUAAAACAUAAAAAUGCAGGUGAUGUAAUGUGUUUGCAAUGCACUUCUGAGGUAAUCGCUAAAAAAAUAGUUGUAGCAGAAUUCAUUGUAAAGUAAGGUUUUAUUUUUUUUAAAGGCAAUAACCUGUACUUUUAUACUGUGGUAUGUUUCUUACUUUUCUAACCCUGACAUUUGCACUAUAUAGGAAAAUGCGUGUGUGAGAAUAAAUCAUUAGUUUCUUACACUGUCAAUGUAAACAACUGCUAUCGUGCAUUUCAGCUAUGAAGUAUAGGAUCCAUAAAAUGUACUGUAAUGAGAAUUGUUUUCUGUGUAAACUGCAUCACAUUAUUUAUAUUUUGCAUCCUUGGUAUUCAAGCCUACUGUCUCCAAUGUACUUUUGUUUAAAAAACAGAUAUGCUAUUGUCCAUUGAAAUACAUGCUUUUAAUGUAAAAAUAAAACUUUAUCACAUAA